AUGGAGCACCAGGACGGAGUCACUAGACUCUCCGAUUGGCAUGAGUCUCAAGAGGAGCAGCAGCGAGACUUUCGUAACAAUGGGUUACUGCGCGGUCGUUCUUUCUCCGCCCCCAACGGCGGGAUUCGUCCUGCUGACCCUGCAGUUCCAGAAGCCACCAUUGCUAAUGCACCAGAGGCCACGGGGGCCACUUCCGCACAUGUUCCAGUUGCAGUGGCGGAUGACGUAGGAGCAGCGGCGGAGGCGACGGAGGCCGUUGUAGUGGAGAAGACCCUUCCAUUUUGUGGUGAUGGCGCCGCAUUGCCGCCAACCGUUCAGGAGGCGACGCCCGAGGAGCGCUCGACAAGAGUCGAUGAGGCACCCGAGGUCGAGGCUCCGCAUGAGGUCGCUGACGACUCACCCCUCUUGCUCCAUCCCAAGCCGAAGAGCAAGUCGAGGCGCAGAGCUGUGGUGUGGAGCGCUGCUUUCCUGGCGAUGCUAUUGGCAGUGCUGACGGUGAGCUGCCGGCGAAUCUUGCGGUCUCCUGAGCCCCGACCUAGGGGCCCUCCGCUUACUUCGAGUCUCAAGGAGGUGCAGGCAUACGAGAAGGCACUCACAAACGCAGCAAGCGAGUUGAAGCGGCUGUGGGGGAGAGUCUCGCCGGAGGUCAGGCAGUCAUUCUACACGCACUACACCCCAAGGGUCUACGGUUCGCCUUCCCUCACAUCGCCUCUCGAGCUUUUUGAACGCCAGGUGAUGCGGGUUUUCCAAAAGGGGCGCCCGCCACAGGGGGCGUCCAAACAACAGUACGGGCUGUACGUACAGCAGCUGCAGAUCGCGCGGGUGGUCUUGAAGGCCGCGUGGACGCGCUUAUCUCAGCUGCAGGCUCUGGAGGAGUUUGUUGUUUCCAGAAAAGGCAUUGAGGAGGAUCGCUACUUCUUGCAGCCCACCGUGCUUCCUGGGGCAGGCCGUAGCUCCCCUGGCGAAGAGCUGCUAAGCUUUCGGGACUUCCUUGACCUCCUAGGCGCGAAGAAAGCCGCUGUUCCUGCCUACCCUGAUGCCGCUGCCAGGAAGCCAGCUGUCCCCUUGGCCUUGGCACAGGGUCUGGCGAGGACUUUGCAGACGCUGGAGUUUCAGACAGAAAUGGACGCGACGGUCCACAGGGCUUUUCACGAGCUGUUGCUGGUCACAGGAACUCCCCUACCGUGCGGGCCGUUGCAACCUUUGGAGGAGUUUGUAAAGCAGGGUCCUCUCUUUGUGGAACCGCAGCUCCCCUUUUUCCCAACCCCCUUCUUCUCUUCCCUACUUGCCGCCUUUAGCAGGGAGCGCAGCGCUCUGCUGGUUUCAGAUGAGCUCUUGUCCACUUGGGCAUAUCAGUGGACCUACGAAGGCGCAUCGCAGCGUCUCGAGGAGAUAGGGGAACGCAUGCGCUCCAGCGCCGCCUCUGCUGCUGCAGUCAAACUGGCUCUAGUUAGCCGAUGGGCUCUCCUGCAGCCCCACGAUCCCGCAGCCUCUACUGACUUGGCAUGUCUCGCGUUCUCUCUGCUCUAG